UUUAGAUUUAAGGAACUCUGCUCGUCAUACUAUACCGAUUUGGAAAGAACGAGGAUAUUAUAUUUAUAUUUAAUUUGACUCGUUUGAUUUAACGUUUAACGUUUCCAUCAUACCAGUUCAAAAAAGUCCCGGGCCUUGGUAAAGAGGUUCAACAGGAGUAUUAAAAACGGCCUACUAGUUAAGAGAUGGUAUGCACGCCCAGACCCGAGGUGGGAACGCUCCGGGAUUGGGGAGCCGGGAUUGGGUUGUAUUUUUGGACCGGUGUGUGUAGGGACCGGUCGCCUUGUUAGGUCUGCUCAAGUAUCUCCAACAGCAGCAACUGUCAGGAGAAGCUGACUGAAGAGGACGGGACGGGACAGGGCUGCUCUGUCUGUCCACCUUGAAGGCCAUGCAAGAUCCGUAGGCCACAACAGGACCAUAUCCAUUCACAAGAAAGAAAAGAACGUCAACUACAAAAGUAUUCUGCAACUAUUGGAAAAGGAGCAUGAGUUAUACAAAGGAACCCAGAAAGAAGACACUGGAUCCCAAGAUUAGAAGAAGCUUUUGAUCUACUAGUGAAUGUUCCUGUAAAGCGGGUCAACAUGUUCCCUCGGCCCACCUUCACGCAAGUGGUUUAAUGAACUAAAGAACCCGUUUGGAUGUCAGGCGAAGGUGAUCUAAGAUUGGCAGGUUUUUAUCUUCAGCGAGGUCAGAAGACGGAUCAGCUUCUCGGUAGGUGACCUGCAGGUUCUUGGGAGGUAUGAGUGGAGGUCGCUUUGAAUUUGAUGACGGCGGAGCUUUCUGUGGAGGUUGGGAAGGAGGUAAGGCUCACGGACAUGGGAUCUGCACUGGACCCAAAGGGCAGGGGGAAUUCUCUGGCUCCUGGAAUUACGGAUUCGAAGUGGUUGGGGUCUACACCUGGCCCAGUGGGAACACCUACGAGGGGUACUGGUCACAGGGAAAACGACACGGUCUCGGGGUAGAAACCAAGGGACACUGGAUUUACAGAGGGGAAUGGACCCAUGGCUUCAAAGGAAGAUACGGCUCGCGUCUGAGUGUUGGCAGUGGGGCCAAGUACGAGGGGACCUGGAAUAAUGGACUUCAGGAUGGAUAUGGCACAGAGACCUAUGCUGAUGGAGGCACGUUCCAGGGCCAGUUCACGGGGGGCAUGCGUCACGGCUACGGGGUCCGCCAGAGCGUCCCCUUUGGCAUGGCGGCCGUGGUGCGCUCCCCGCUGCGCACCUCGCUCACCUCCCUGCGCAGCGAGCAGAGCAACGGCGCCGUGCUGCAGCAGGACGUCCCGAUGAUCACCACCACCAACGCGGCGGGGGAGGAGACCUGCACCCCCACGCCCACACCGCUGGGGCCGUCCCGCGGCGGCUUCGCCCUCACCCUCCAGGUGGACCCCGAGGCCGUCAAGCCCAAGAAGAAGGGCCUGUUCAACAGAGGCUCCCUGCUGGGCAAGCUGAAGAAGUCGGACUCGCGCACCUCCCUGUCCAGCCAGAAGAGCAAGAUCAGCUUCCUGAGGACCGAGUCGGCCCUCAGCUCCAACAACAGCGACGCAAACUCCACCAUCAGCAUCGGGGACGACAGCCUGGCCGGCGCCGAGGACUUCCCCCCCGUGGAGGCGGACAUCGACGCCACCACCACGGAGGUGUACAUGGGCGAGUGGAAGAACGACAAGCGCUCGGGGUACGGAAUAAGCGAGCGGUCCAGCGGGCUGAAGUACGAGGGAGAGUGGCUGAACAACCAGAGACACGGCUACGGAUGCACCAGCUUCCCCGAGGGCGGGAAGGAGGAGGGCAAGUACCUCAACAACAUGCUGGUCAAGGCCAUGAAGAAGAGGGUGAUCAACAUCAGAGGCACCAAGAUCAAGCAGAAGGUUGAGCGGGGGCUGGAGGGCGGGCAGAGGGCCGCCGCCAUCGCCAAGCAGAAGGCCGAGAUCGCGGCGUCCAGGACGUGCCACGCCAAGGCCAAGGCGGAGGGAGCAGACCAGGCGGCCAUGGCCUCCAACUCAGAGUCCAGCAUCGCCCGCCUGGUGGCCACAGAGCUGUCCCCUUCGUUUCACCAGCCAGGUCCAGAGUAUCUGAGGAAGCGCUUACUCCAGGACGGGGUUGAGGACAACGUGGACACCGACAUGCACGAGCCGCUGCUGGCCGAGGAGGAGCCCCUGCCCACGCCCCCGGAGAGCCCGUCCAUGAACGAGCUGGACCGCCUCAUGCCUGGCUCCACUCCGGCCCGCACGCCCUCCCCCAGCCCUGGCAUCACCAACAGGGAGGACCCCCUGCUGCUCCGACCAGGGAGCUGGAACGGAGAGAAGAGCAGCAGAGGUGGAGGCAGCGCAGCCAGCAGCAGAGCCAACAGCAGAACCGCCAGCCGCCCCACCACCCCUUCGUCCUCCGCUUCUGUGCCGGCCCCGGCACCGACCUCGGCCCCCGAGGGCCCCGAGGUGGCGGCCCCCUCCGGCCCCCCGAGCCGCCAGAGCAGCGCGGUGGAGCCGGGCUCGGACCUGGAGAUCAAGCCGCUGCAGAAGUUCGACGGCGAGGAGAGCGCCUCCGAGCCCGUGGACCCCGUGGGAACCGGCCUCGUCUCCCACGACGAAGACCAAGCCGCCCAGCCCGUUGUCAAGGCUCCGCCCAAAGCUGCCGACAAGCCCGAGCCAGAACCCGCCGAGACGCCCGGUGAGCCGACCCCGCCGUCCGCGCCUCCGUCACGGGCUGCGUCCGCCCCUCCGUCCCGGGCCGCGUCCGCCCCUAGGUUCAGCGUGGAACCCAGCAGCAGAACGCCCAGCAGGACGGGCAGCCGGUCGGAGACCAAGCCAGUCGAGAGACAGGAGCCCAGUCCCGCUCCGUCUCCCACACCCAAACUUCAAGCAAAGGUUGUAGCCAAGCCGGUAGAAGCCAAGGCUGUGAUUGGCCAGCCAGCGGUGACAGCACCAGCCACGGUGGAGACCAAAGUAGAGGCCAAGCAAAAGACAGUCAUGAAGGUUCCGAGCAAAGAGAGGACUGUAGAUUCUGUGGAGUUAGAGGGUCCGAACACAAUCAUGAUCUGUAUGGUCAUCCUUCUGAACAUCGGCCUGGCCAUUCUGUUCGUACACAUCUUGUCAUGAGUCAAAAAAAAAGGUGAACCUAACACACAAUGAAACUAAAGUGACAGCCCCCUUUUCUGGGGAAAUACAAAUAAGAACAACAUCAUCUGCGGUUUGGUUUGAGUGUUUGAACUCCAAUUGAUGAAGUGCUUCAUCCAUGACUCUCUGCAGUAUAGCAAAACUAUGUUGGAACUCUGUACAUAAUCUCUGCAUCGAUGCAGUGAUAUGACCAACUUAAGUGAACAUUGGUAAUAACGGAUUUAUCUCUCUCUAAUUUGUCAUCUGCUGGUCUCCUGCAGGUCCACUAGCAAAGUUGGAGAGGGAUGGCUUAGUCUGCCUUUUCAGCGACGACCAGAGAUCACGCAGGGAGUUGCUCUUAAAAGAAAUGCCUUAUAUGGAUGAUCACGGCUCUCCAAAGGUUCAGCUAAAGAGACAGAGGCUAACACUUUCACGAGGGAUAAAGGAGGAGCUGUUGUCCGAAUCUGAAUGACAGUGGAUGAAACUGAGUUCAUGUGAAUGUGAUGCUGUAUGUAGGGGUCUCUGGGACCUGUGACUGGGAUACGGCUACGUGAUGUGUUUCAGUGAAUGCACGAGCAUGCUAUGGCUGGCAAAGAUGACGAGUAACAGUGUGUCAACACAGUACAGGCAGCUUCGAACCAAAUCCUUUGACUGGCAGUUGCUGACCUGCUCUUUAGGCACAUAGUAGAUAGAUUAAUAAUUUGUGGAUUCCCAAAUGUUUAAACUAGAUAACUAAAUUAUUAUUGCUGUUUGCCAAUGUAUAUUUACAAUUGAUUUCUGGUUGAUUAUGGGCAAGAUAUACAAACUUAAUACUGUCCUUAGGUCUCUUGAGCUUUUCACUGUUAGUACUUAGGAACAAAGUAAAUGAUUUGGAGAAGAUAUUGUUCAAAUAGGUUGUGACAAGGAUUGAGUUUGAGCACAUGAGCAAGUAUCUCUUAUGUCACUGCUUAUUUUAAUUUUUUUGAUCUUUGUGUACAAACCACAUUAGAAUUGGAUCGUUCUGGACUUCUCAAAAUUCAUUUGUAUUUCUUUGGGGUAAUUGCAAAAACACACCUUACAUUUCAAUGUUUGGAGUUGAUGAAUGAAAUAGGGUAGAAAAAAUAAUAUGAUUGGGCAUGAACGUUAUCGAGUCCUGCUUAUAUUUUUUUUUAUGUAAAAACAAUGUCACAUGACGGUUAGGUUGGAAAGGUUUUAGCGGUUGGAUGGGUAGUUAUGUUGGAUGACGGUACAGAAAAGGGUGCGAUGAUAAGAAACUGUAAAAACGGUGUUUAUUAAAGUGUAGGCAACUAUGCAUAGGUAAAAAAAAGAAGAAGAUUUUUGUAGGGAGGAAAUGUAAACCUAAAAAGCUAUUUAUUAAUCUUUGGAACUGAGAUUAUCUCAAGAUGGAGGAAAGGAAUGAUGAGCUCCACGUCUUACAGCACUGAUGCGCUCCGGACAGUUUUUAUAUUUCUCCCUGGAUCCUAAUAUUAAUGCACAAAUUCACAAUUAUUGUAAUGCAUCAAAAUAUUUCAAAUAGAAUUGUAUCUGUUGACGCUCGCAUGUGAAAAUCUGGAAAAAAGGAAUAGCUGUGCUUUAUUCCUUGCAGACACCAUCAGUGCACUUAUGACCUAAACAUGUAUGAUGCAACAGGUCAGAGGCGUUCAAAAUAUGCAUUAAUUUACUUACUCGAUUUCAAGCUUCAACAAUUGAAUAAACUAUUUUACAUCCGUAA